AUGUCAUUCUUUGGUCGUGGAAGUAGUCAACCAACAGCUUCGUCUUCUGCAGCAAUGGAUUCAGCAGUAACAGAACUUGAAAUGGUAUCUGAUCUUUUUAAUCGAUUAGUACGAUCUUGUCAUACUAAAUGUAUUGGAAAUAGGUAUGCUGAACCUGAUUUAAAUAAAGGUGAAAGUGUUUGUGUAGAUAGAUGUGUUGAGAAGUUUUUUAAUGUUAAUGCAAAAGUAGGAGAAAGAAUGCAAGCUAAAGGAAAUUCAGGAAGUCCUUCGUUUAUGUAA